ACGGCUUCGUUUCUCUCCUUCUUCAAUUUUCUUUCCUCCUCUUUAUCGUCACUCGCUACACCGAAGAUCCCAACUCCACUUCACUAAACACAGAAAACAAAAAAUGGGAAGCCCAAACAACAAACCCGCCAGAAUCUUCUCUCCUCACAACCACACUUCACCACCAUGCACCCGCACACACCAGAUCGGCGCUCUCCUCUUAAUCGCCACCACUUUCUUCCUCACUCGCCUCUUUGAUCAAGCCUUCCCUACUGGCCCUCCCUCCUCCUUGAAUAACGACCAUCCAUCACCAAAUGUCGUUCACGUAUCCGACGGUGGAUCCCUCUCCUGGCCUCAGCGAGGCUACGGGUCCCACCUCUCCCUCAAGAUCUACGUCUACGAGGAAGACGAAAUUGACGGAUUGAAAGAACUCUUGCGAGGCAGGGACGGAAAAAUCUCAGCUGAUGCUUGUCUUAAAGGCCAGUGGGGCACUCAGGUUAAGAUACACGGGCUGUUGUUAGAAUCGAGAUUUAGAACGAGAAAGAAGGAGGAAGCUGAUUUAUUCUUUGUGCCUGCCUAUGUUAAAUGUGUACGGAUGAUGGGUGGUCUAAAUGAUAAAGAGAUAAACCACACUUAUGUCAAGGUAUUAAGUCAAAUGCCGUAUUUUAGACGAUCAGGAGGCCGUGAUCACAUUUUUGUCUUUCCUAGUGGUGCCGGAGCUCAUUUAUUUAGAUCCUGGGCGACGUAUAUUAAUCGUUCCAUAAUUCUUACUCCUGAGGCGGACAGGACUGAUAAGAAAGAUACGAGUGCUUUUAAUACAUGGAAAGAUAUUAUCAUUCCUGGGAAUGUUGAAGAUGGGAUGACUAAAAGAAGGGUAGCAAUGGUUCAACCCCUACCUUUAUCAAAGAGGAAGUAUUUGGCGAAUUAUUUAGGUCGUGCACAAGGGAAAGUUGGUCGCCUGAAGUUAAUAGAGCUUGCGAAGCAGUAUCCAGAUAAGUUGGAAUCUCCAGAGUUGAAGUUCAGCGGCCCUGGCAAAUUUGGGAGGAUGGAGUACUUUCAACACCUACGCAAUGCCAAGUUCUGCCUUGCUCCACGUGGAGAAUCUUCUUGGACACUUCGGUUUUAUGAGUCUUUUUUUGUGGAGUGUGUCCCGGUUAUAUUAUCAGAUCAAGCAGAAUUUCCUUUCCAAAAUGUGAUUGACUACACCCAGAUAUCAAUCAAAUGGCCAUCCACUCGAAUAGGGCUUGAACUUUUGGAGUAUUUAGAAUCAAUUCCAGAUGAAAACAUAGAGCAGAUGAUAGCUGCUGGUAGACAAAUAAGAUGCUUGUGGGUAUAUGCUCCAGAAUUUGAGUCCUGUUCUGCAAUGCAAGGAAUAAUGUGGGAACUUCAGAGAAAAUUACGGCAAUUCCACCAAUCAGCUGAGACAUUCUGGCUGCACAAUAGAACGAUUGUUGAUAGACGCUUGGUUGAGUUCUCAAGCUGGGUUCCUCCCAUGCCUUUGCCCUGAUGAUUGUUGAAAUGCUUGUAGUUCCUUUACAUCCCUGGUUCUUUGAUUUUGGCCAUUUUCUUUUGCUUUCAUUUUGCCAAGUGCCACUAAUUCACGCCCUGUAGAACAUUUUUCCCUGAUACUCUCUCUCUUUUUUCUUUUAUUUUUUUAUAUUAAAUAUGAAAUUUAUGUAUAGGCAUUAUAGACAGUGCAUACUGCAUAGACUUGAAGAGAAAUUGUUGAUGAUAGCAUGGACGACUGUUUUUGUGUUGAAAUGAUACGUUGGUGGAUUUUUCUUACGAA